GAAUUCCCAACCUAAUAAGCCAACACCUAUGUCCGUCGAUGGUAGUAAUUAUCGCCCAAAUAAUUCUAUAAGACAGCCGUAUCGCCACAACUUUUUUCAACAAACAAGCCGUCCAAAUGUGAUUGUGGAAGAGCUCCAUAAUCAGGAGGCUGAAGGCUCUGAAUUUCCUGAUCAAUACGAUCACUAUUUUUCUGAAGCCCCGUACGUUGAUCAGCAAGACUUUGAUUACUUGGAAAGUGGGGUAGCUACUUUUGAAAAUGAUAGUGCCCAGGUAACUUUCGAUACCCCUGGUAGGCUUACAAUGCUCCGGCGACUGAAUGUAAUUGAUUCCGAGUAUGAACGACACAUUGUAGCACUGAUUUUUGUGAAAAAAGCGGUGUUGAAGAAAAAUUAG